CCAUCACCACCACCACCAUCACCACCAGCACCAGCACGUCUACGAGCUGGCCAACGGACACCACCAGGCCGCCGUGCCCUUCUCUAUAGACGGAUUACUGAACAGCUCGUGCUCGGCCUCGGUGGUCUCCUCCGACAGCCAGCAGUUCAAACUGUCAGAUUCUGGCGACCCGGAUAAGGACAGUCCCGGCUGCAAACGGAGACGCACGCGGACGAACUUCACCGGGUGGCAGCUGGAGGAGCUGGAGAAGGCCUUUAACGAGAGUCACUACCCGGAUGUGUUCAUGCGGGAGGCGCUCGCGCUCAGGCUUGACCUGGUGGAGUCCAGGGUUCAGGUGUGGUUCCAGAACAGACGAGCCAAAUGGAGGAAGAAGGAGAACACAAAGAAAGGCCCGGGGCGGCCCGCUCACAACUCCCACCCGACCACGUGCAGCGGCGAGCCCAUGGACCCCGAGGAGAUCGCCCGGAGGGAGCGCGAGCGGGCCGAGAAGAAGAAGCGCAAGCARGAGCGGAAGCUGCUGAAGUCACAGAGCAAGCUCCUGGCGGGCGAGAGCUUCCACACGCCCGGCGGCUCGGAGAGCGACAGCGGGGUGUCGCAGUUCACCGACAGCGAGCAGCAGCCUUCCUCCCUCCACGGGAGCCUUCACAUCGAGCUGCCGGCGACGACGAAAGGCGGACACCAAACCGAAUCCAGCUGCGACCAAACACCACAUGACUUCGGUCAGCUCCAAAACCACCCAAACCAAAGAACCGCAGGAGAACCGGAGCAGGUUUCUCCGAGCAGCACGCACAGCUCCAGCCCUGGAGGUCCGAGGUCCUCGGCCCUGCAGAAACGCAACCCUUUCAGCGUGGAGAGCCUGCUGUCGGACAGCAUGCCACGACGGAAAUCUCCUCUGGACUUUUCCUCGCUACCCAAUCAGAGAACUCUGGUGGGUAAAGGCCACUUCUUGCUUUACCCCAUCACUCAUCAGCCUUUGGGCUUUCUAGUGCCCCAAACCGCCCUGAAGGCCGCACCGUGUCAGGACAACAGCUCCAGACUCAGCCUGGGUCAGAGGUGCGAGCCAAGCGAAGGUAGCCUGACCCCCUCUGACCUCUCCGGCUUUGGCGGCAUCAGCAACUGUUUGAACUCGAAGCGCACGUCGCAAACCACGCCGCAUCACAACAAUCACAUCAGCAGCAGGGCGGAAGGAGGAGACGCGGAGGAGGAGAGCGCCGGGGACCGCAGGGACGGACCGCUCCCCGGCUCUCCUCCACCGAACACUGUGGCCACAGGCGGUCCGCCCGGCGAGGAGAGGCCUCGGGAAGCUCCAGCAGAGGCGGGGCCCAACGGCUGCCAAGCUGCUGAGCUGYGCGCGAGCGACCAGGACGCGAGAGCGGCGCGAGCGUCUCCAGACCUCUCCGAGCGUCUCCAGGCAAACACAGACUGCCGAGAAACACCCGGAACAGAUGGAGAGGAUGUCGACAUGGACUAAACACUUUGGAGGAGCAAACAUAAACAAAAGGACCAGGAACAACGCUCGCAAACAUUCCCAAAGCUCUGCUCAGAUCGCUCGAAAAACAUAUCAGGAAUCAGGAGACUUAAUCCUCAUCUAUUUUUUAAUCAGAAAGAAUCCACACACAGCUGUGGCCCCGCCCCCUCCCUCACACAUUUUUUCCCCUUCUUUUCCAGGCUUUCCUUAAACCUUUUUUAGAAACAGGUUUCUCUCUCUCUCUCUUUUUUUUGUGAACAACUUGUAACAAAAUUUAGGCUUCAA